AAUCAUGUGAAGGCACAGCAUCUUUCUCUCCCCUCAUCCUCCCUCUCUCAGUUUGUGUGUGUGUGUGUGUGUGUGUUUGCGUGUGCGUGCGUAUAAAAGCGCCUCUCUCCACGCUUUCACUCCACUCUCAGCUCCCCACUGCUCCGCUGAGAGCUUCGGCGCAAGACUGAACAGAAGGGAGAGGGGAAAGGAGGGUGGGGGAGAAACCACCGAAAAGAGAUCCCUGUGUCAUUUACGGUGAAAUACAUUUCUUUCCCCACUUCCUCCUCCUCCUCCUCCUCCUCCUCCUCCUCCUCCUUCAUCCUUCAUCUCCUGCAGCGUCUCUUCUCUGCUUGGACGGUGGCUGCAUCGAUGCAAAAUGGGUUGUGGCAAUUCCUCAGCCACCAACACCUCAGGAGACGGGCCAGAAGACGUCUCCAAAGAUGUGACAGAAGAUCACUCGCCGGACGAUGAGAAAAGAAGGAACUAUGGCGGCGUAUAUGUGGGUCUACCAGCAGACCUGACCGCCGUGGCUGCCAGUCAGGCCAAGUCCUCGUGCAAAGAUUAGCAGCUACUGAAAGAAACACGACAGAGGUACUUGUUUGACCGUUCACAUCAGCCGCUGCUCUUCUGUAUCUCGUUUCAUGGCGGUCUGCGACAGAGACUCUUCACGAGAGCCGGUGACUCUGUUCUUCUGUCUCAACGGGAUCCUACCGAUUCGUUCACUUGGAAGCACUCACGUUACAGGCAGAGAGCAUGUUAAGUGCUCCUAUUUCUGGCUUAAUAAAGUCCCUUCCACGCCGUCAGUGAGAAAGGUGUCCACACCUCCCCGAGGGGAGUGUUAGGGGGGGUCGGAGGAUGCUGCUUGAUGGAGUCGUGGGUGGCGCUGUCAUCCAUCAUCGACCUUCACUCUUCAAAAAAAGAACAAGAUUGCAAAUCGCCCCCCCCCCCCCCCCCCUGGGACUGGCUGCUGGCCGAUGUGACAGCCAUCUUGGCUUUGUGGUCACACGCCGCGGGAUUGUUCUACUUCUUUGUCAGGUGGACACAGGGGACCCAAGCGACUGAAUAACUUACUGUCUUGGUGACAUGAAAAUUACCAAUAGCCCCUCUACAAUAAUAGUCAGUUAUUUCUAUUAGAAGCAGAAGGGGGGGGGGGGGUCUGAGUUUUGCAGAAAGUGGCAAGCACACAUGUGCGUCACAAAACAUCAGAGCAGAAAUGACCUGCUGCAACUAAACGUACUGAAAUGACACAGAUUUAUAAUGAUGGAUGUAAAUGCUAAAUACAAUAAUCAUUUUGUGUUGAGUGUUUCUUAUCAUUUGAUGACAUUGAUCUUUUUUUUUUUACUACAAUCUAUUUCAUACACCACGUAUCGCACCUUAUUGUGAAUGUGGUUGUUCUGUAAAUAAUCCUUUAAACGUAAAGCUGAUGCUUUGCAUUUUGUCAACAAAAACUAAACAAUCUUGUGGCCUUCAGUAGCGGACGGAGAUGUCAAGAGUGAAAUGGUGUUCACAUAAUAGCCUGCAGUUGUUUUUGUAUAUGUAUAAAUAAAGAAAGAAAUAUUUAAGAGAUAUAUAUAAGAUUCUGGAUGCUGUAGUUUUUAGAAAGUUACUUAGCAAUGAGUGAAUAUUAGAUUUUAUGGGGACUCUAUUUUCCGCUCCAGAUUAAUACACAUUCGCUUAUCACAAAACCUGUAGUGUACCUGUAAGUGCACGUUGGACGAAUGCAAUGCAAAUGCUGAUCAUACUAUGGCGUGAUCACAAUGGAAGGCUGUGCUGAACAGGAAUAAUCAAUAUCAGGCUCUGGUUAUUUAAUCACUUGAAUACAUUUGUUAGAAUAAUCAAUUUCAAGUCGCUUUCUUUUUUUCACGGAAGUUGUUUAUGAAAAGAACAAUAUAGAAUAUCGCUACAGGGUUUUAAAAAUGAAAAAAAACAUUUCAGCUGUGCAGGCAUUAGGGGGCAAAGGUCGCUUUUUGGGUCGGCUCUCUCUUCUGACCAACGAAAAAACAGGAACCCAGAGGACGGUGGAACAACACUUGAGAAUCAUUAGAUGUUCUUUCCGUGUUUCACGGACACGCGUGUAGCCUCCACUGACCAGUUGCAUUAAAACAAGGACUUAUUUCAUUAUGCCCCGAACACAAGCUUACUGUUUACUGUUUGUGUCUGUUUCCUCCAGAAUGACGCCCACAAGCUGCCGAGCUGUGACGCCAGCUAUCGGCCUCGUUGACACCAUGGGGUGUCACGUGGCAGCAGUUACACUGUUCUGGCAGGAUACGCUGCAGACGCAAAGAGAGCUGCUUAAUGCUCUGUGUAGUUUAACAGAAUAUUAUAAGGAAGAAGCAGUGCGUCCACAGCGCCACGGCACUGAGUGAUCCAGAAGCCUGCCAGGGACGUGAUAUUGUUUGGUGUCUUUUUUUUCCCUAAAUGUCCAUAUUUCCUCCCUGCUGCAGUCCCUGUCCAGAGGUCUUUGGCUUUUACAGUGUUGCUCCGGCCUGUCUCUCCCUCUUCUAUCAGCCCUUCUUUGCCCUUUCUGGUUGUUCCUCCUGUAUGUGAUGGAUGUCAUUGCUUUUGACCUAUUCAAUUGAUCUGAGAGGAAUAAGGGGGGAGAAUCUGUUCGGAAGCAAAACUCUCUACAUUUACGUGCGGCUGUGGCACAUAGUUGUAAAAAGUUGUCGUGUUGAAUGUUGCAGUGGUUGGGAGGGCUUUGGGUUGUGCGUUAGAACUUUAGCAUACAACGUAAAUGUUCGUUCAGUUAUUGUGGCAAAUGACGACUGGAAAAUGCAAAAAAGAAUUGAGGUAAAAGCACCUGUGGUUGUGAUGUCAUGAUUAGGAGGUGACCGGGUUGGUUUGUGUAUUAAUUGUUUGAAAUUCAUAUUUCAAAAGAUUUUUUCUCUAUCUCGCAUUAUCUGUGUGUUUUUUACGCAAUAACAUUUCAUCGCUAAUGCACAAAUGAGCUGCUCCUCAAUGGUGUAAAUGCACUACUCAAACGCAGAGUCACUUUGCCUAAUACAGCAAUGAUGCUGAGGUGACAAGAUUGACUCCGUGAAACUCACGCAUGAUCAUCUGAAUAAAUUAUUUAUGAUUAAAAAACUUUUAUAUUGUC